AUGGUUAGACCAAAUGAGUCAAAUCACUUGCUACACUCUAGGAGAUUGUUCCAGCAGUAUCUGGUUGAUACCUACACUAUGAUAGAGUCUAACAGAUUAUCCUACUUGAGAUUGAACCAGACAAGUGCCACUGAUAGAGCUGAACUUAUUAGCAGAGUCUACCGGAUGAAACUAAAAUCUCUUAUGGAAGAUCUAACUCUCAAAAACCUGCUGGGAAAAACGGUGGCCUCUAUGUACACCAUAGAAUUUCAAAAGCGAGGUUUGCCACAUGCACACAUUCUUCUAUUCAUGGAUCAGAAGUCAAAGCUCCAAACAACAGACGCUAUUGACGAUAUUAUAUCCGCCGAAAUACCAGAUAAAUCAAAAGAUCCAGAGUUGUAUGAUGUUGUGAAAGAUAUGAUGAUUCAUGGACCAUGUGGUCAUGCCAACCCCAAUUCACCAUGUAUGAGCAAUGAAUAUGUACUAAGAACUUCCCCAAGAGCCACGCUGAAAAGACUACAAUCAAUAGAGAAGGAUUCCCAUUAUAUAGGAGACGCGAUCAGCCCAAUGUGUUUGUGGAGAAGAACGGUUUUAAAUGCGACAACAGAUACAUAUUUAUUUAAGUACAUCAACAAAGGAGCCGAUCGUGUUUCUGUUGUCGUUGAGUCAGCUGAGGAAGCCAGGAGAAAAACAAAGAGCGGACAUAAGGAUGUUAGUGGAGAUGCCAACAGUCGAUCAAAUGAUGAGGGUGUUAGCGCAGAGAAGAAAGCUUCCAAGGAAAAUAGGAAUGAGAUCAAGGACUACUUUGAUUGCCGGUACAUUUCACCCUCUGAAGCUGUUUGGAGAACAUUCAAAUACCCGAUACACCAUAGAUCUGUAUCAGUGGAGAAACUGACAUUCCACCUCGAAGGGAAACAGUUGGUUAUUUUCAAAGGUAUUGACAAAAUGGAGAGGGUCGUAACACGUAAACUAAUUGAGAAGACAAUGAUGCUGGCAUGGUUUGAACUGAACAAGGAGUGUGAAUUUGCUAGAACGCUUACCUAUGUUCAGAUUCCAAAUUAUUUUACCUACGUAAAAAGUGAAAAACGCUGGAAACGUAGAAAGAGAGGAUUCAGCAUUGGAAGAAUCAAUUACGCACCAAGGAAGAUUGAAGAUGCUUACUAUUUGAGAAUGCUGUUAAACGUCGUGAGAGGUCCAAGAUCGUUUGAGGAGAUAAAGACCUAUAAUGGUGUGUUGUACCCUGAAUUUAAAGAUGCCUGUUACGCUAGGGGCCUGCUAGAGGAUGACCAAGAGUAUAUCGAUGAUAUUUGCAGAAGAAGCUUCACAUGUCCUCCAUCACAACUUCGCCAGUUGUUUGUCAUCAUGCUUACUUCAGAUAGUCUGAUUUCGCCAGAUGUAGUUUGGUAUGCGUGUUGGGAGUUUCUUUCUGACGACAUGGAGAUGAUUAGAAGAAGAGAUCUUAAUAGACCAGCACUUACGCUAAGUGACGAAGACAAAAGGGAAUAUGCUCUCCAGGAGAUUGUAAAGUUAGUAAAAAGGAAUGGCGCUGACUGGACGAGGUUUAAAAGUAUGCCUCAACCACGGGGAGUUACUUAUUCAGCUACCGAUAAUGUUCUAAUUUUUGAUGAAAAGAGUUAUGAAAAAGAGGAGCAGAAAACAAACCACGACAGAGACUUUGCUAAGCUUACUCCUGAACAGAAGAAAGUGUAUGAGGAAAUAAUUGGUUCUGUUUUAGCGAGAAAAGGAGGAGUGUUCUUUGUAUAUGGCUUUGGUGGAACUGGAAAAACAUUUUUGUGGAGGAUUUUGUCUUCUGCAAUUAGAUACAGGGAAGAGAUCGUUUUAAAUGUAGCUUCAAGUGGUAUAGCAUCACUACUGUUACAAGGAGGCCGCACGGCUCAUUCCAGGUUUGGGAUACCUCUGAAUCCAGAUGAGUUUACUACAUGUGUUAUGAGCAAAGGUUCUGAUCUAGCAAAUUUGGUCAAAGAGUCGUCUCUUAUUAUAUGGGACGAGGCUCCUAUGAUGAGUAGGCAUUGUUUCGAGUCUUUGGAUCGAAGUCUUUCAGACAUUAUUGGUAAUAAAGAUGGAAAGCCGUUCGGAGGUAAAGUAAUUGUGUUUGGAGGUGAUUUCAGACAGUUCUUCCAGUAA